GGCUAUCAGAUGAAAGAACGCCCCUCUUUGUUGCACGUACAAAGCUUACACAUACAUAGUGAUCAGACCAUCAUACUGCUGCAUCAUUCUCUUGCGUCUUCUGCUCUCCAUCCAUCUGCUCGAUAAGAUCAACUUGCUACCAUCAGCCAUUAGUACUUCGUGUGUCCCAACUUAACAAAAUGGCUACCUCCCAAACAGCCCUGGAUGUUCUCCGCCAGAGAACCAUCGUCGACUGCGACACGAUGGAUGCGCAAGUCGCCCAAACCUUCGGUCCUUUUCAGGACUGCACGUCCAAUCAGGCAAUCGCGUUCUUUGAGCUAUCCAAGCCAGAACACAGCCUCCUCAUCUCCGAGUCAGUCUCGGAAGCCAUGGGUCUCACUCCCAGAUUCCCUGGCCCCAGCGUGGAGGAAUUGGCUGUCGAGAUUGCAAUGAUCAAACUUGCCCUCAAGAUCGCCCCUCAUAUCAAAGGCUACAUCCACAUUCAAACCAAUCCUUAUUACUCCUACUCCACCGAGAAGACCAUCGUCAACGCCUUGCGAAUAAUCCAACUCGCCCAACACCUGCAACCGGGAUUUCCCCAAUCCCGCAUCUGCAUCAAAAUCCCCAGCACCUGGGAAGGCCUUUUGGCGUGUCGAGCUCUCGAACAAGCCGGCGUCCGCACUUUAGCCACCACCCUCUUCACCCUAACCCAAGCCGCCCUGGCUGCAGAAGUCAAUUGCACCUAUGUAGCCCCCUAUGUGAAUCAAUUGAAAGUCCACUUUGAACCGGGAUUCACUGACCCCGCCAAACUCCUCCCCCUCUGCCCCCAAAUUCAAGCUUACUACCAUCAAAUCGGCAGCCGCACUUUAGUCCUCCCCGCCAGCCUGACUUCCACGACGGAGAUCCUCGCCCUCGCAGGCGUGCACCACAUCACCAUCGCCCCGGGACUACUCCAGCAACUGGCUGCGCUGCCGGGGGUGGAGGCUGGAGUUAGUACUAAUACUACUACCGCCUCCCUCUUUGACGCCACCAACCCUGUCGUCAAUGCUGACACCGACACCGACAACGGACAACUCCCGAAGUCACCGCUGUCGUUUGUGAAUAAUGAGGCUGCGUAUCGGUUGGCAUUUACCAGGGAUGCGGGCGGAGAGAGUGAGGGGAAGCUGGUUCAGGCUGUGAAUAUCUUCUGUGAUAUGCAGGAUAAACUAGUACAGCUGAUGGCGGCGGUUAUGCAGCGGAGUGUGUAGAUCUGAGUCUGUGAUCUAGCACACUGUCUCUAACUCAUAGUGCGAUGCAUGCGUUAGAGAUAUAAACCAGGUGAUGCGUUCUCUUUUGCUUUAAGUUUGGAGAUAGAAUAAGUUUUCACACCGAAUCAAC